UGCAGCGUUGUGCAGCACUGACCGCCCAGCAGAUUUCUCGUUUCGUUGACGAAAUAAAUUGUCAAUAACUUUGCUGGACGCAGGUUGUUGUUUCUUUUCGCCAAUUGUUUGUUGUUCAGCCGCGUACGCGAGUGUGAGUGAGUGUGUGUCCAGAGUGGGUGUGCGUGUGUGUGUGUGUGCUUGAGCGGGGGGCCUUGGGUUGCCCCGAAUUGCAAAGAUUGCAAAAAAAGAAAAACAGGCCAGGGAGAAAGGCCCAAAGGAAAAUUGUGCAAUAGUCGCGAAAAUCGAAGGACUCGCCGGACGGCAGGACAACGACGACGACGAUGUGAAGCUGCAGCUGCGGGGGCGGUGAAUAUCGGAAUCAACUAAGGGAAUCAUGUGCCUGGCGGAGCAGCCGCUGAAGCAACCAAACCGGAGCAGCACCUCACCCACAUUCAAUGCGAAGUACAGGCGAAAAUGCCUGCUCCUCCUCACGCUGCUCCUCUUCCACGGCUGCUUCAGCGGACUCCACCGCGCGGCCGCCUUCAACUGCACCGCCCACGGAGGACGCUGCCAGAACGACGGGCAGUGCCAGGAGGACGGCCAGUGCCUCUGCGCCGACGGCUGGCAGGGACCGGAGUGCCAGUUCUGCGGCGGGAAAGUCCGCAUGUACCAUCCCAUGGGCACGAUACACGACGGAUGGGGCAACUAUUCGGUGAGUGUCAAGUGCAGCUGGCUAAUCGAUGCCAGGCAUCCGCACUGGAACCGCCGACAUAACACCAAUCCGUCGCGAACGGCCAAUAUACGGAUCCACCUGCGGGAGUUCGCCACGGAGUGUGGCUGGGAUCACCUGUACAUAUACGAUGGUGAUAGCGUGGACUCGCCCCUGCUGGCGGUCUUCAGUGGCCUCAUGUAUCGCGGCAACUUCUCCAUUCGCAGAGUGCCACAGGUGAUAGCAAGAUCCGGCACUGCCCUGGUGCACUUCUUCAGCGAUGAUGCCUAUAACAUGUCCGGCUUCAACCUCACCUACAAGAUGAACGGCUGUCCCUCGGAUAGUGAUGAGGUGGAGUGUUCUGGCCAUGGCAAGUGCCGUGAUGGCGACUGCAUCUGUGAUCCCAUGUACAGGGGUGAAGCCUGCAACAUUGCCGCCUGUCCCAACAACUGCUUGGAGUCCAAUAACCAGGGUCAUUGCCGACUCGACCAGGAGCGCUGUUCCUGUAACGAGGGCUUUGCCGGCGACGACUGCAGUCAGAUCAGCGCCCAUGGCGCCUGGUCAACGGUCCACCCGAAGCACUCGCCGGCGCCAGCGGGCAGCGCCUCCCAUGGCGCCACCAUCUGGCGCGACACACUGCACAUCGUGGGCGGAGAAUCCUACGGACGGGGCGAGCUAAUGACCACCUACGACUUCAACGGCAACGUUUGGGAGACUGUGCACCCGGAGGAUGGAGGCGAGGUCCCAGACAAACGAUACGGUGCCUCUACCGUGAUGUACGGCGACAAGAUCUUCAUGUACGGCGGUGUGGUCAAGGGCCAAGGCAUCUCCAACGAGCUGUGGGCCUUUGAUGUGUCGGCGCGAACGUGGGCAAACAUCUCGGUGCGAGCGGAUUCCUCGUGCAAUGCCACUGGAGGAGUCACGGCCAUGUGCGGACCCCUGAAUGUUGUGGGUCACACGGCGACGUUGGUCCCCGGUUACGGGGACAAGAACAACUACCAGUACAUGGUGGUAAUCUUCGGACACUCGCCGAACUACGGCUACCUCAACACGGUGCAGGAGUUUAACUUUGCGACGCGCGAGUGGCGCAUCAUUCCCACCGCCGGCUAUGUGGUGAAGGGCGGCUAUGGACACAGUGCCGCCUACGACUUCCUUACGGAGAAGGUGUACGUUUACGGCGGCAUAGUCUCUGAGAGUGAGUCCAGUCAGGUGCUGAGCUCAAGGCUGUAUGCCUAUGAACCGGCCACGCGGAUUUGGAGCCUGCUGUCGGCGGCGCCAAGUGCUCGACUGCUUCACACAGCCAACUUUGUGAGCCAGGGAUUGAUGAUGGUCUUCGGUGGAAACACGCACAACGACACCUCGCAGAGCUAUGGAGCGAAGUGCUAUAGCCAGGACCUGCUCGUGUACGAUGUCUACUGCGACUCGUGGCACUAUCAUCCGAUGCCGGGCCACCUGCAGGCGGAUCUGGCCCGUUUCGGCCACAGUUCAGUGGUGUUCGAGGAGUCACUGUACGUCUACGGUGGUUUCAAUGGCCAGCUGCUCAGCGAUAUGCUGCGCUACCAGCCGGGAUACUGCAGCUACUACACCAAGCAGGAGAAGUGCACGGGUGCCCGACCUGGAGUGAAGUGCAUCUGGGACGUGCAAAAGAUGCGCUGCAUCGCCAUCACACAGGUCCAGCGAUCGGCGAUCUAUGGACGUGAGCAGUACGAUUAUGUGGCCUGCCCGUCGAAGAGCCGGCUCACGCUCACCUCAGAGCUGCUGCACGAUGUUCACCGCUGCCAGGAACUGGCCAGCUGCCAGUCCUGCGUGUCCACCGCCUUUGGUUGCACAUACUGCGGAAAUGGAGUGUGCAGCAAGGAGCGGUGCCGAGAAACCACCUCAAUGGCCUCCGUCUUCUUCGAGUCGUCCACCCAGCAGGCAGUGUCCACGGCGAGUCCGCCGCUGAAUGCCAAGCACCUGGACUCGUGUCCCAUCACCGAGGAACACCUGGUGUCCUCUGUGUGCGAGCAGCUGCACAAUUGUCGCGCUUGUUCCGCCAACCUGGCCUGUCGCUGGGACUCGGAGCAGAACCGCUGCCGGAGUUAUACUUCUUCGGGAGGAAUGGCCGUCAACCGGACGCUGGAUGAGGUGGCCUGCACGCCGGCCUGCGCUACACUGACCAACUGCCAGAACUGCACGGAGGACGAGUGCAUCUGGUGUCAGAACGAGCAGCGCUGCGUGGACCGCAAUGCCUACACGGCCAGUUUUCCCUAUGGUCAGUGCCGAGAGUGGACCACAUUUACCGCCAAGUGCCGAUCUGCUCCGACGCAAUCGACUGCGCUGACUGUGGGCAGCACCACGGCGCUCUCGAGUGCUCAGUGUGGCUUCUACAACAGCUGUCAGAUGUGCCUGGAUGAUCCUGCCUGCGGAUGGUGUGACAAUGGCUCUAAUACGGGACUGGGCAGGUGUGUGGUUGGCGGAGCACUGGCGCCGUACGACGAGAAGGAGUGUGCGCUGAAGCACUGGUUCUUUACCUCCUGUCCACGGUGCAAUUGCAAUGGACAUUCGUAUUGUAAUGACCAACAGCACUGUGAACAGCCGUGCAAUAAUCUAACGACGGGAGCGCACUGCGAGAAGUGCCGAACUGGAUACUGGGGCAAUCCCAUCAACGGAGGCAAGUGCCAGCGCUGCGAUUGCAAUGGCCAGGGCGUCUAUUGCCAUCCGGACACUGGAAAGUGCUUCUGCACCACCAAGGGUAUUGUCGGAGAUCACUGCGAGAAGUGCGACUCCCAGAACCAUUACCACGGGGAUCCACUGAAGGGCUCCUGCUACUACGAGCUGACAAUCGAUUACCAGUUCACGUUUAAUCUUUCAAAGAAGGAGGACCGCCACUUUACGCAGAUUAACUUCCGAAACUCGCCGGGAAAGCCAGAGAUCGAUGCUGAUUUUACAAUCACUUGCAGCGUGCCGGCCAAAAUGGACAUCUCGGUGAAGAGAGCCGGCUCGCCGGACAUGCUCAUCUUGGUGGGCGUUAACUGCUCAACGUUCCGUCACCGAUUCCCCAAAACGGACUACCAGUUCGGGCACUCGCCCGACGACAACAGCUCCCUGACCACGUUCUACGUCUUCGUGCACGACUUUCAGCCCCCAAUCUGGAUACAGAUUGCCUUCUCACAGUACCCCAAGCUAAACCUGCAGCAGUUCUUCAUCACAUUCUCCUCAUGCUUCCUGCUGCUGCUGCUCAUGGCCGCCGUCCUGUGGAAGAUCAAGCAAAAGUACGAUAUGUUCCGGCGGCGACAACGAUUGUUCGUCGAAAUGGAACAGAUGGCGAGUCGACCGUUUUCACAAGUGCUGGUCGAUAUCGAGAACCGAGAAAGUAUUGAUCUGAGUCUGACGCUGGAAGGCAUUGGCCACUUGUCCAAAAAACGCAAAAAGGAGUGUCCCAGUCCCAUUGCUUUGGAGCCUUGCAGUGGCAACCGAGCCGCUGUGCUCUCGCUUCUAGUCCGGCUGCCCACGGGUGGCCUUUCGCAAGCGCCUUCCGGCCAGUCCGCUGGCCUGGCCGUGGCCAGCGCCUUAGUCACGUUGGGCAAUCCGCGUCGUCCGUCGAUCGAUCAGCAUCCCAAGGAGCCAAAGUCGAAGCGCAAGCAGAGCCAGCACCCAGACAGUUGUACAUAAUAACCGUAACACUAUGCUUACCUACAUAAAGUAAUAUUGAUAACGAUACUGAUAAUAAUUAUGAUAAUAUGUAACUAGCGAAUAGGUACGAGUACGAGUAUAUAGAAUAUUUGCCCCGACUUUCUUCUACUAACCACACACACACACACAAAAGGCAAGCCAGCAAGUUGAUAAUCCGCAGUUAUUAUUACUUUAAUGCAUAGACUAGUAACGAAACGAGAGAAACAAACAAAUAAUAAUAAUUUUUAGCAAAAGGACAUAUUUAUAUACGGUUAUAUACAAUUUGAUAUAGUUGAUAGGUCGAGUAGCGUUGCAAUAGUUAUAAAUGUUUAAUUUAUUAUUUAUACCGCGUACGUGAGCUAAGUUCGAUGGCGAUAGCUGUAUUCAAAUGAUUAAUGUAUUUUUUUUACUUAACCACAUAGCCUAAGCGUGUUGUUAGAAUUUAUUUAUGCAAAUUUUGUGCGCUGCCUCGGCAGUAGCUGCACCAAAAGCCGCGACAGUGUCAGGACAGAAAAGGAAACAGAGUCAAAAAAAAAAAAAUACAAAAAACAAAAGACAUUCAAUUGAUCUUAGCAAAAAGUGAUGAACAAAGCCAGAUGACCGAAAAACAAAAAAAGACGAUAGGUACAUGUACAAGGAGCUAGGUGACGGAGACAUGCAAUACUGUGUUCAUAAUAGGAAUAUUUCUGUUUUUAAUAUCCGUGCAAAUAUUUACAACGCAAGAGUGGAUCAAGAUAUAAACCGAAAACAAUGCAAGUGUAAAUAAAAUACGUAAAUUCUUAACGCUAUAUAGAUAGUAGUUAUACAUAUACAAAUAGCUCUUGAUAUGAGAACGCGCCCAAAACAAAUCAAACGAUUAAAUUGUACAUGCAAUCUAGAUGAGAUCCAACAUUUACCAAAAUUCCAAUUAAAUCACAAACUAAUCGUAAGGUUUCCUCUUGGCAACAAAAAUUAACAAAGCAGAAACAGAAACAACUCACACAGUUAAUUAACUCGAUAAUUCAAACUAAGACAAGUCACACCAACUAACUAGAUGCACUCUCUGUAAUACAAAUCCAGAAAUGGAACAACCUCUAGAAUCAAAAGGCACUCGUCGAAAACUUUAACUAACACCUAGAGAUCUUUUAAGAACACACAACCUUUCAAAGAACACACAUAAUCUCCAGCCGAGAGAUGUUGACGAUCGCUUCGGGUUAGCAGACAGACAAUUGUAAAUCUAUUUAAUUUUUUUAAAAACAAAUCUAAUAAAGUCCAUUUACGAAAUUUAAUUUCAA